UGAACCAACCGGAACUGUCCUCCUGGCACAAAGCAGCCCAGCUUCAGUUUAUUAUCUGCCCACGCCAGGACGCGCCGCUCCGCUCCGCUUGGCUCUGCGAAAACCCAGAAAUGUUUCCGGCUGUUCGUCAGUCCUGCUCCCCUGGCUGCUGGGCGUAGACGCGCCGCCGCAGCAGCAGCAGCAGUCCGGGACUGACGGAGGAGACGCACCGACCGCGCGCGCCUCUUACCCCGGGACACAUCUCCUGGACUGAAACUGUGGGGUUUAUUUGGGAGCGCAGGGAGUGUGUGUGUGUGCACGUGCGAGUGAGUGUGCGUGCGUGUGUGUGUAUGUGGUGGGAGGAAGCGUCCUCCGUUUCUUGCCAUGUCCACAAGAAAGCCAUCGCUGACGGACAAGCAGGCUAAAAACGGGACGUCUAAAUAUGUGUUGGAGAGAUGCGCCUCUAUUAACGAGUACUACGAUAUUGCCUUCAAGGUGAUGCUCCUUGGAGAUUCUGCAGUCGGGAAGACCUGUGUCCUGGUGCGGUUCAAGGAUGGGGCAUUUCUGGGGGGCAACUUCAUAGCCACUGUUGGAAUAGACUUUAGGAACAAAGUGGUGGACAUGGACAACCUGAAGGUCAAACUGCAGAUCUGGGACACGGCCGGCCAGGAGAGGUUUCGCAGCGUAACACACGCCUACUACAGAGAUGCUCAGGCGCUGCUGCUCCUUUACGACAUCACCAACAAGCCGUCGUUUGACAACAUCAGGGCUUGGCUGACUGAAAUACACGAGUACGCCCAGAAGGAUGUGGUCAUCAUGUUGCUCGGCAACAAGUCGGACAUGGCAGCAGAGAGAGUGGUGAAGACGGAGGAAGGAGAGAAGCUGGCCAAGGAGUACGGAGUGCCGUUUAUGGAGACCAGCGCCAAGACCGGAGUCAACGUGGAGCUGGCAUUCCUCGCUAUAGCAAAGGAGCUGAAGCACAGAGCGACGCAGCAGCCAAACGAGCCCAAGUUCAAGAUCCACGACUACAUCGAGUCCCAGAAGCACAAGUCGGGCUGCUGCAGCCUCGACUAGCAGACGCCGAAGCAACAGAGUAGAGAGUGUGUGGAUAAGAGUGGGAAAAUGUCUGCUCUCUCUCUCUCUCUCUCUCUCUCUUUCUCUUUAAUGAAAGCCAAUCCAAGCACCGAACCCUGAGAGGCGGAUGUCCUCCACCUUCUCUACAGAGCUUGUUUUGUUCUUUUCUUUUCUUUUCUUUUUGGCUGAAUGACAGUGAAUCCGGAUUGGCUGCCAUCCCUUUGAUGAAAUGUGAAUUUAAAUUGUUUGUGUAAUGUGUAGAGAUGUUUGUGGUCUUUGUGGUGACAGUAGGAGUUAUAAUGUAAAAUGCUAUAUCCAUGAGCAGGGGUCAAAGACUUCGGCCUGUAUGUGAGUGUUGAUGGGGGAUAUAGCAUUUUGAAGCCAUGCAGCUCUGAGUUUUACCAGACCGUGAGCUGAAACCCCUCUCGGCCUUUUCUUUUUAAUGUUGAGAGAAGUGGACUUCAGUCUCGCUGUAGCCCAGUGGCCCUCGUCUGUUCACGUUUGUACUGCUGUUAGAUAAAAUAAAAGCCAAUACUUUGGGGGGGGAAACUACCCACCAUGUGUAUGUGUGUGUGUAUGUGUGUGUUCAUCCAAAAGGACUGUGCACAUUUCUCCUUUUCACUUUUUUCCUCCAAGUAUUUCUCAACAUGCAGUCUGAAUCGUGCACACGGCCCAUGUUGUCUUGUCUCUUUUUAACAAUGGAUGUUGUUGUGGGCACUGUAUUUGUCGAUGCACCGCAUUGUGUAACUCUUUCCUUUGUCCGAUGUGCAUAAUGAAUGUUUGGUUGUGCAAAAUUCAUCACAUCUGUCCCUCUUCUGAGGAGUCGAAAUGAUCACAAAGUGCCAUGAAAGUGCUUUGUUGUCAUACUAUAUAUAUAUAAAGUAUAUUUUGUAAUGUG